AUGCGCGUACGCGAGGUGGUUGCACUUGCCGCAGACUAUUUCGCUAAAAUAGCCGUCCAGCUUGCACUCAGGCAAUCUUCCCAGUAAACAACUCCACAACAGAAGUUUUUUGCAGUUAUUAUGUAAUAAAACCCGUCCUUCGGAACAGUCCCCACGGGGGACGCCCCGCUAGGGUUUUUGAGCUUGUAACUGCUUGUUUUCAGUUUUCCUUCAAACUGUUUUUGAUCGAAUUUUGAUCUGCGUUGUUGCAGUUUGUUGUUCCUGAUAAUUUGAACAUUCCUGAUUGAGUGUGUUGCGUCCAGUUGACAGCAGGAUCAAGGAGUGGUGUUGUGGAAGCGGGAAGAUGUCGGACGGAGAGCCAGCUGGUGUUGGUGGUGGCAACGCUGAUGCUAACGCUGUGGAACCAGCCGCGGCGCAGAACGAUACCGUCGCUCCAGCGGAGACCAAUCCCAAAACGCUGGUGUGCGAACGCUGUGGCUCAAAGAUUCUCCUGCCUAAUUGCGCGACAUCCGUCUGCAAAAAGGUAUUUCUGCCGGCCAUGUCCUUCAAAGCCCGCUCCGACGCCACGGCCGGCGCCGCCGCCGCGGAGCCGCCGGCCUUCCCCGCGGACGUGGAGCACGUGGUGGCGGGCGUGGCAGGGGAGGCGCUGGAGGCCUUCUGGCUGGUGAAGGGCAUGUACACCUUCGAGAACGUGGGCGUCUCGCACAGUGUGCAGCACGUCAAGUACCUGACCUGCGCCGACUGCGAGAUGGGCCCCAUCGGCUACCACGCCGUCAACGGCAGUCGCGACGACUUCUUCAUCGCCAAAUCCCGGGUCAAGGAGACCUGAGGGAUUGACGGGUGGAUGGGCGACGGAUCUCCAUGGCGGAUGUUGACCAACAGAUGCGGGUUUUUAUUUUAAAUAAAUAAAAUUUUUGGCUGGUAUGUUUAGUUUGUGAGAAUUUUUUCGACGGUCGAUUUUGUGCGUGACUGUAAAAUAAUCAUCGGAAAUUCCGUUGGUAAAAACGUUUCUUUUAAUUCGCGGUUUUGUUCUGCUACCCGAUGUGUUCGUGCGCGAAGCAUUAAUGGCUAAGCGCACCAUUAAUGUAAUUUGACAAAAUAAAAAUACCAUUUAAUGUUGUAAGUUUCUAACACAUCGCGUAAACUGACCUCGACGACGAUAUUGACCAAGUUCUGCUGUUUCUGU